AGAGAAGGAUGUCACCAGUGGUUCCCUCUAGAAGGGCAGGAAGAUAACAGCAACUUUACAGGUGCCAUAUGAGACACUGAAUAAACGCUUUCGAGCUGCUCAGAAAAACAUCGACCGUGAGACAAGCCACGUCACCAUGGUGGUGGCCGAGCUGGAGAAGACCUUGAGCAGCUGCCCUGCCGUGGACUCUGUGGUCAGCCUCCUGGACGGCGUGGUGGAGAAGCUCAGCGUCCUCAAGAGGAAGGCGGUCGAGUCCAUCCAGGCUGAGGAUGAGAGCGCCAAGCUGUGCAAGCGCAGGAUCGAGCACCUCAAGGAGCACAGCAGCGACCAGCCAGCGGCAGCCAGCACGUGGAAGAGGAAGCGCAUGGACCGCAUGAUGGCCGAGCACCUGCUGCGCUGCGGCUACUACAGCACGGCCGUGAAGUUGGCGCGGCAGAGCGGCAUCGAGGACCUGGUGAAUAUCGAGAUGUUCCUGACGGCCAAAGAAGUGGAGGAGUCCCUGGAGAGGCGCGAGACGGCCACCUGCCUGGCCUGGUGCCACGACAACAAGUCCCGGCUCCGGAAGAUGAAGAGCUGCUUGGAGUUCAGCCUAAGGAUUCAGGAGUUCAUUGAACUCAUCCGGCAGAACAAGAGACUGGACGCUGUGAGACAUGCGAGAAAGCACUUCAGCCAGGCUGAGGGCAGCCAGCUGGAUGAAGUCCGCCAGGUCAUGGGCAUGCUGGCCUUCCCGCCGGACACGCACAUCUCCCCAUACAAGGACCUCCUGGACCCGGCCCGGUGGCGAAUGCUGAUCCAGCAGUUCCGGUAUGACAACUACCGACUGCACCAGCUGGGAAACAACUCCGUGUUCACCCUCACCCUGCAGGCUGGCCUCUCAGCAAUAAAGACGCCACAGUGCUACAAGGAGGACGGCAGCUCCAAGAGCCCUGACUGCCCCGUGUGCAGCCGCUCCCUGAACAAGCUGGCACAGCCCCUGCCCAUGGCCCACUGUGCCAACUCCCGCCUGGUCUGCAAGAUCUCCGGCGACGUGAUGAAUGAGAACAACCCACCCAUGAUGCUGCCCAAUGGCUACGUCUACGGCUACAACUCUCUGCUUUCUAUUCGUCAAGAUGAUAAAGUUGUUUGCCCAAGAACCAAAGAAGUCUUCCACUUCUCACAAGCCGAGAAAGUGUACAUCAUGUAGGCCCCACGUCGCCAGCGCACACCUCAGGGUCAGGGACUGUGUGGCACGGAGGCCACCCCUCGUCCUGCCCCUGAGCUCCAGCUGCCAGGAGUUUCUGUUUCUUGCGACCAAAGAUCAGUGAGCAAUGAUAAAUACUCCUAGGAAGAGAAGAAAUAAGAUUUAAUAAGUUUGUACUUGAAAACAACGUUUUGAUUGUUAGGAUUUUGUAACAUAAGUCAACUAUCUCACCUUUCAAAGAAAACUUUUCUUUAAAGACUGACCUAACAUCAAGGGAAGCUUAAGAACAUUUCAAAAAUAGGAACCAAUUAUUUCCUGUGUUUCUCAGUUUCCUCCCUUUUGCUAAUGAGACUUGGAGAACAGGCCAGUCGUUGGCCAUCUCGUGGCAGGCCUGGGAGAGGUGGCAGCGAUGCCGGACUGGCCUGCAGUGACUCAUAAUGCAGAGCCACAGGGCACUUUCAAGUCUUCAUCCUAGAGCUGCUGCCAAAUGCCUGGUCCCAUGGCCCACAGGGGCUGGCUCUAAGGACUGCCCACCUGCACCAUGUGCCCGCAGGACUGUCAGUAUGUGCGUAGGUUCAACAUCACGUCUUCGUGCGCCGCCUUAUUUCCUGCUUUGAGAAUGUAUUUACGUGGAAAUCCACUGGACUGAGUUUCUGCAGAUGCCUUGCUGGAUGGUUCCAUAACUUUAGAGUCUAAAUACUAUUCGUACAGAAACUAAUCGUUCAGUUGAAAUAAGUACUGAUGACUUCUCAAGACGAAUGAACCGUCGUAGCUUACACAGAACUAUAUUGUAGAGGUUUGUAUUUAGUGCUUAUUUUUGCAUGUUGAUGUCGAUUAGCUAAUAAACUGUAAAUGUAAAACAUGUUAAUAAAAUGGUUUUCCGUUUCUUA